CGUCAAUCAACGGGUGGAGGCGUCACCCGGACGGGUGCAAGAUGGCGGCGGCGGCGGCGGCUGCUGUGGUGAGGGGCAUCGGGUCAAAGCUGAGCCACAACCUGCGGGAGCUGCGCAUUCACCUGUGCCAGAGCUCGGCGGGCAGCCAGGGAGUCCGGGACUUCAUCGAGCAGCACUAUGUGACGAUGAAGAAAGCCAAUCCCGAAUUUCCAAUCCUAAUCCGCGAAUGUGCCGGUGUGCAGCCGAAAGCGUGGGCUCGAUAUGACUUUGGAAGAGAGAGGAAUGUAGUGUUGGAUAAUUUAAACUCUGAGCAGGUGGCAAAGGCAUUGGAGUCUCUAAUUACCAAGCCAUGAACUACUGUCCAAUCACUCCACGAAGAACAAACAGACGCUCAGCGACAUGCAUUUCAAUGCAUUGCCAGUUUUCCCUCAGCUGAAAUAAAUCUAACUGUAAAAUAAAUCUAAUUAAAAAUGGA